UUAUAUAAUUUGUCACUGAACAGAGGGCAUUAUACGAAAGUGAGGUUUCUUAUUGCGUCAACUGAGUUAUUGUAAAUUGUAUUAUUCAAAUUAAACGUGAUUUAUAAUCAAGUAGGUUUGUCGUAAAACGAUAGGCACUCAGAAAUACAAAAACAAAAGAAUAGAAUAAAUUCAAGUAAAACGUUUUUAAAAUUAAAGUAAAUGGCUGCUACACUAGAUUGGGCGAAAUCUGCGGAUGACCAAGAGAAACAUCUAACUGAGAUUUAUAAGAAGGUGGAAAGUAUAAAGGUAUCUACAAACAGCAGUGAUGCAAAUAACGUUGUAAGAAAUGAAGGAACAGGUGAUGCAGAGGAGCCAGAAAUUUCUGCAGCUGAAGCAUCACUGAUGAAAAAGAUCCUAAGAUCUAAAUUGAUAGAAAGCACUUAUGAUGUUGAAGUGCAGCGGAAUGAUCCUAAUUCCCCUUUGUAUUCAGUAAAAUCAUUUGAAGAAUUAAAUCUAAACCCGGAUCUCUUGAAGGGUGUUUAUGCCAUGGGCUUCAAUUCACCCUCCAAAAUUCAAGAAACUGCUCUUCCAACAUUAUUAGCAGAUCCCCCCCAAAAUAUGAUUGCUCAGUCUCAGAGUGGAACUGGAAAAACUGCUGCUUUUGUACUAGCCAGUCUUAGUAGGGUUGACGCUUCUAAGUCCUUUCCUCAGGUAAUCAUCUUAUCUCCGACCUAUGAACUAGCAUUACAAACUGGUAAUGUGGCUAAACAAAUGGCACAAUAUUGUAAGGAAAUCAGAUUUCGUUUUGCAGUCAGAGGAGAAGAAGUUCCACGAGGUGAGAAGAUCACAGAACAAGUGAUAAUAGGAACUCCUGGAAAAGUGAUGGAUUGGGCAUUAAGAUUUAAUUUCUUUAAUAUUCGUAAGAUCAAAGUAUUCGUCUUAGAUGAAGCUGAUGUGAUGAUUGCUACCCAGGGUCACCAUGAUCAGUCCAUACGUACAAGAAGAACAGCAUCCUGGUUAUCAGAGAAGCUUGCCACAGAAGGGCAUGCUGUAGCUUUACUUUCUGGAGAUUUGCAAGUUGACCAAAGAAUAGCUGUCUUGAACAGAUUUAGAGAUGGCAAAGAAAAAGUCCUGAUUACUACCAAUGUUUGUGCCAGAGGUAUUGAUGUAGAACAGGUGACUGUGGUGGUCAACUUUGACCUUCCUGUUGACCAGAAAGGAAGGGCUGACUGUGAGACGUAUCUUCACAGAAUUGGCAGAACGGGACGUUUUGGAAAAGUUGGUCUUGCGAUCAACAUGGUUGAUGGCCCACGAACAAUUGCCCUUUUGAAGCAGAUAGAAGAUCGCUUUGGGCGAAAAAUAGUAAAGUUGGAUGCCGAAGAUGUUGAUGAGAUUGAGAGGUUGAACCAUGAUUAAAUCUCUUUAUAAAAGUAUAACACAAAAGACAAGGGAAUGAAAAGUGCUUUUAAAAUCAAUAGAUGUAUAACGAUAUUUGUUUUUUAAAAGGACGUGUUCAUAAAUACUUUUACAAUAAACCUCAUAGUGAUGAGGUAUUGACUUUUGUGUGUAUUGUGAUCUUAUUUCAGUAAAAAGUAUAGAAAAGUAA